AUGGUUACCGAACCGGCGUUGACACAAUUCGCCCUCGAUUUGGCUGAAUGCGAAAAGUUUGCCCAAUCCGAGCCCGUUCCUGGUAUUGACAAGUCCAUCCUAGUGCUCAUCUUUCAGGAGCUGAGCCAGCUGUUGGACCUAAUCAAGAAGGAGGACUGGGCUGUCUACUUCGCCAAUCACAACAAACCCACUGGUGAGUUGUUGUACACUACGAGUACCCUCACCGUUUAUCAUCUUGCGCAUCUGUCUGUAUGUGUAUUUUAUUUCAACUCCAACCGUCUCUUAUUCAUCCCUAGUUUUUGUCCUUGCCAAGAGAAUCAUCUGUAUACCACGGAGGCAGGUGGUUUCAUAGAAUUAGUUACCAAAGACAGUCAAUUAUUUGAGGACAUCAAAGCGAAUUUUUAA